AUGUCGGUCGUGGCUAACCUGCCCGCCCCCGCGGUGUCGGCGCCGCACGCCUUCGUGAUGUCGCCGCACGAGGGCGCGGGCGGCGUGGGCACGGGGAAGCUGUUCUUCCACCCGUUCUUCCCGCUGCUGCAUCUCAUGCACCUGCCGCACCUGUACCUGCACAAGCCCUUCGGCCUGCACGGCCUGCACAAGCCCUUCGGACACCACGGCCUCGGGGGCCUUGGCGUGCUGCUGGUGGCGCUGCUGGGGCUGCUGGCGGUGUCGGGGAGGCUGGCGAGCGCGCACGGCCCGGACGGCCUGGACGAGCUGGAGGCGCUGGAGGCCCCGCGCUUCACCAACGAGUGGGCCGUGCGCGUGCAGGGCGGGCCGCGCGUGGCGCGCCUCGUCGCGCUGCGCAUGGGCUACGACUUCAGGGGGCCGAUCCCCGGCUUUGGAGACACUUACCUGAUGGUCCGGGCGGACCACCCCCGCGCCCAGAAGCGGGCCUACCCAAACCUGACGCUGCGCCUCGUGCAGGACGACAGGGUGGUCUGGGCGGAACAGCAGUUCACCAGGCCGAGGCAGAAGCGGGAUUUUAACCGGGUCCCCCCCGAUGACGGCCCGCCCCUGCAGCCUGCCGCCCGUGGGGCUGCCCGUGGGGCUGCCCGUGGGGCGUCCCCACUGGGGUACGUACGUGCGUACGGCCACGGUCCGCCAGGGCGCGCCGGGCGCGCCACCCUCCGGAGCACGCCGGAACUAAACGACACGGAGCUUUUGGCGGGAAAGCUGGGGUGUUCCCUGAAGCACCCGGAAGCGGUGACGGCGGCCCAGCGCGCGCGCCUGUUCAACGAUGAGCUGUGGACCAAGCAGUGGUACUUGAUGGACACCCGCACGCGCCUCGACCUGCCCAAGCUGGACCUGCACGUGCUGCCCGUGUACUGCCGGGGCAUCACGGGCCGCGGGGUGCGCGUCACCGUGCUGGACGACGGCAUGGAGACGGACCACGAGGACCUCCGCGACAACUACGACCCGGACAUCAGCUACGACGUCAACGACGGCGACCUCGACCCCACGCCGCGCUACGAGAACGGCGUCAACAACGCCCACGGGACGCGGUGCGCCGGCGAGAUCGCCAUGAAGGCCAACAACCACAAGUGCGGCGUCGGUGUGGCGUACAACGCGCGGAUUGGGGGCGUCCGGCUGCUCGACGGCGAGGUGAACGAUCGCAUGGAGGGCACGGCGCUGGGCUGGGCGCACACCCUGGUGGACAUCUACAGCGCGUCCUGGGGCCCCAACGACGACGGCAUGACCGUGGAGGGGCCGGGAAGGCUGGCCAUGGAGGCCAUGAAGCGAGGCAUCACGCAGGGUCGCGGCGGCAAGGGCUCCAUCUACGUGUGGGCCUCGGGCAACGGCGGCACGUACGGCGACAACUGCAACUGCGACGGCUACGUCAACUCGGUGUACACGCUGGCCAUCGGCUCGGCGUCGGAGCGCGGCCAUUUCCCCUGGUACGGCGAGCGCUGCGCCUCCACCAUGGCCACGGCCUACUCGUCCGGCGCCUACUGGGACCAGAUGAUCGCCACCACGGACCUCAAGAACACGUGCACCAUCCGGCACACCGGCACGUCGGCGGCGGCGCCCCUCGCGGCCGGCAUCAUCGCCCUGGCGCUGGAGGCCAACCCGUCGCUGACGUGGCGCGACGUGCAGCACCUGGUGGCCAGCUCCUCCGAGUACGCCCCGCUGGCGGACAACCCCGGGUGGCGGCAGAACGCGGCCGGCUUCUGGGUCAACACGCGCUUCGGCUUCGGGCUGCUCAACGCGGACGAGCUGGUGCGCCAGGCCGAGGGCUGGACCACCGUCCCGGACAAGGCGGAGUGCGCCGUCAACGGCCUCGUCGUCAAUGCCAGCUUCGCGCGAGGCGAGCGCGCCGGCGUACUGUUUGUGGUGGACGACUGCAGCGACGUCAACUUCCUGGAGCACGUGGAGGUGGUGUCGAACGUGGAGUACCCCGUCAGGGGCGCACUCGAGAUGUACCUCACGUCACCAGCCGAUACAAAGGUGCAAAUCCUGAGCCCCAGGAAAAGGGACGCGUCCUCGGCCGGCUUCGAGGACUGGCACUUCAUGUCCGUGCUCACGUGGGGGGAGCGGCCGCAGGGAGUCUGGCUGUUGGAAGUGGUGGACAAGAGUCCCGGCGAGGCGCGCGUGGGUAGUCUCGGGGCGUUCCAGCUGAUACUCCACGGCACGGCAACGCAGCCGGCCUACAUGCAGAAUGGCCCCAGGGAUUACGACCCCGACUACAACCGCGUCAUGCGAAAGACGGGCGGCAAGACGGGCGGGACGGCCUUGGAGGGGGUGGGGGUCUCCGAAGUCCGGAACGCGCUCCUCGACGACGAGGACGCCAACGACAACGCGGCCGGUGAGGACAGCAUGGCGUCCAAGAGAAAAUGAAUCAAUUGUUUCAACACUUUAACCUUUGUUGAAAGUUUAAAAAUAAAUUAUUCGCGCUGCCAACAGUACAA